GUAUUGUAUUGUGCUGUGUUGAAAGGAUGAAAGGGGCCGAACUCGUUGGGUGUGUCCUGCGGAACAAGGUUUCCAUCGUCUGAUUUCAUUUCCAUUACUCACACAUCAAGCAAAGGGAGAGAGAGAGAGAGAGAAAGAAAGAGAGAGAGAGAGAGAGAGGUCUUUCAUUUUCUCGGGAAAAUGGAGGAUUCUUUCUUCGAUCUUGUGGAGUUCUUGAAGAAACCCUCGAUAACCGAGACAUUCGUCGACAUUUUGUUAUGCGCGGUCCCGAUUUGGCUCGCCGUGAUGAUCGGCUUGGUGAUCGGGUGGUCGUGGCGUCCACGGUGGACGGGACUCGUCUUCCUCGGCGUUCGCAGCAAGUUACGCUUCCUCUGGACGGCACCGCCGGGGUUCGGUGCCCGCCGCCUCUGGUUUGCCUUCACCGCCCUAUCCGCCUUCUCCAUUUGCCGCACCUAUUGGUCCAAGGCCAAAGGUCAAGAUCCCUCGCCUUCGCAAUCCGAGAAUGCCGACUCCAAUUUGGGGAACGCAUCUAGGUCCAGUGAUAAGGCUGAGGAGAGAGGGCAGGAUAUUGUUACACAGACUGAUUUGGAAAAUCUUCUUCAUCUUCUUGAUGGGAAGGACGGAGUGAUGGACUGGCAAAUUUUUAUGGAUAGGACAACACCAAGUAUGCAAUACCAAGCUUGGCGUCAUGAUCCAGAGACAGGUCCUACAGUUUACCGUAGUAGAACUGUUUUUGAAGAGGCAACUCCAGAGUUGGUGAGGGAUUUCUUCUGGGAUGAUGACUUUCGUCCUAAAUGGGAUCCUAUGCUCGCAUACUGCGAAGUAUUGGAGGAAUGUCCUCAUAAUGGGACAAUGAUUGCUCACUGGAUUAAAAAGUUCCCCUUUUUCUGUAGUGAUCGAGAAUAUAUUAUUGCUCGAAGAAUAUGGCAGGCUGGAAAUACAUAUUAUUGUGUGACAAAGGGAGUGCCUUAUCCAAGUUUGCCAAAACGAGAUAAGCCUAGACGUGUAGAACUCUAUUUUUCUAGUUGGGUAAUUAGACCUGUGGAAUCUCGCAAAGGAGAUGGUCAGUUGUCUGCAUGCGAGGUUAUCCUUUUACAUUAUGAAGACAUGGGGAUUCCCAAAGAUGUUGCGAAAUUGGGAGUCCGCCAUGGGAUGUGGGGAGCUGUUAAGAAAUUGCACUCUGGAAUGAGAGCUUACCAGAAUGCUAGGAAAACAGAGGCUUCUUUGUCAAGAUGUGCAUUGAUGGCUAGUAAAACAACCAAGAUUUCAUCUGACAGAAACUUGCAUUUGUCAGAGCUUGCGUCUUGCAAGGAAGGGACAGUGCAAGCCAUAAGUGAUACCAGACAAAACAGUCAUGGCAUAGACUGGAAGUGGGUGGCUGUAGGUGGGACUGUUGCUCUGGUUUUGGGUGUUCACAGUGGAGCGGUAGGGAGAGCGUUGUUAUUGGGAGCAGGGCACAGAUUUGCACGGAGGUGAAUGAUCUAGGAGCUGGUCAAUACAAAAGUCCCAUUUAUAACCGUUCUGAAGAUUCAGCGCAAUAUAUUUAGACCAUCAUAUUUAUCACUAUCAAAUCUUAAUUUUGUGGUUAAUUUUUUUUUUUUUUUUGUAUUAGUUUAACCUUUUCAGAUUCAUCUCGCUCUUGCCUAUUAGAAUGCAAAGCUGCAAUUACAUUUUUUAUUUUAUUUUUGUAAGUUAUAAUCAUUUCAAGAGCGUUGUUAUCAAA